GAAAAAUCGCCCACAAUGAAGUUCGUCAUUGCUCUGUUCGCCCUUCUGGCUGUCGCCCAUGCCUAUCCCGGAAUCUACGGGUAUUCCGAACCGGUAGCGCAACCAUGGCAAGCGCCUGAUCCUUGGCAAGCUGCUGCACCUUGGCAAGCGCCUUCUUACGUUAAGGUCGCUGCACCUCCAAUCGUGAAGGUGGCGGCACCUCAGGUCCAUGCUCCGGAAGUGCAUCACGCGAUCCAGAUCCCGCAACAGCAGUCUGUUCCACCGCCACACCCUCAACCCCUGAACAUUAAGAUCCCCCAUAUACCGAUCGUGAAAAUCCCGUACCACGGAGCCAAGGUGAUCACCCCUCAUUUGAUCGGCGUUGAACAAUACGUGGAACCCGUGAAGAUCGUCAAGGCUCCCGUUCACCACCAGCCCUGGGACUAAGGUAAACCACGUCACCCGUUGAACUCGCUGGUCCAGGGUGAUCCAUCCUGGACGAGCCGUCCUGAGGUGCAUCCAUCCGGAAGUAGCGACGACGCUUUACGAACAACCGCUAACCAGCAUGGCCAACAUCGAAAUUCUCUUGGCAGGAAAGAAACAGAGGAAAUACAGUUGAAGAAGCAUCCGGGUCAACUUUAACCCAGCGUUGCUCGAGUUCGUUCGUUUCAGGUGGAAAAACAGUAUUCUUUAGGGACCAGAGGGAAAUCAGUAUUAUCCAACGAAGGAAAGAAAAACCAUGAACGAUGGAACGUCGGGUAAUUUGCUUUGGAAAAUGAGAAAACAACAGCCUCAGGAUCGGCGAGUAUUUUUGGACCACCCGAAGACCUCAGACCAGGCAGCCAAUCUUUAAGAAAACAAAAAAAAAAGUUUACUUAUUUUCCUUGUUUUUUUUUUUUAUACACACGAUACACGUUUACACGAGCGCAGCGACUUUUAUUUGAUAAUUUACACCAUUCCUAUC